ACAAGGCCUCAGAUCGUGAAUCAAUAUUAUCCGAGCACCAGGGCGCCAUCGCAUCGGCUUCAUCAUCCGCUCCAAAUCGAAGAGAAACAGAAAUACUUUCCCAACAAAAAUCGGAGAAAAUCACAAAAGAUGAAAAUUGUUCACAGAGACUUCAUUAGCAAUGGCCCUGGUGGUGUCAAGAUGAUUCCUGAGGAGGCAGACGACUUGUGGAUUGCAUAUAAUUUGAUAAGUGAAGGUGACACAGUGUUAGCUUCAACUGUUAGGAAAGUUUUAAGAGAGUCUGCUUCGGGGGGAAGAGAAGCGGAGCGAGUAAAAUUACGAUUACAGAUAAAUGUUGAGGCUGUGGAGUAUGAUAAAGAAGAUUCUGCGUUGCGUAUAAGGGGUAAGAACGUCCUGGAGAAUGAACAUGUAAAGAUUGGUGCAUUUCACACAUUAGAAAUUGAGCUGCACCGACCAUUUGUUUUGGGGAAGGAGGUCUGGGACUCACUUGCUUUGGAGGUUCUUCGUCAAGCUUCUGAUCCUGCUGCGAGUGCCGAUUUGGCUGUGGUUUUGAUGCAAGAAGGCUUGGCACAAAUUUUUCUAGUUGGUAAAAGUGUGACAGUUAGUCGUUCUCGGAUUGAGACUUCCAUUCCUAGGAAGCAUGGCCCUGCUAUAGCAGGUUAUGAUAAAGCUCUGAAUAAGUUCUUCAAUAAUGUUGUGGAUGCUUUCCUUAAGCAUAUCGAUUUCAAGUUGGUUCGUUGUGCAGUGAUUGCUAGUCCAGGAUUCACAAAGGAUCAAUUUCACCGUCAUUUGCUGUUGGAAGCAGAGAGGAAGCAGUUGAGACCUAUAAUUGAGAACAAAUCACGGAUAGUUCUUGCACAUACCACCUCAGGCUAUAAGCAUAGUUUGAGAGAAGUUCUGGAUGCCCCUAAUGUAAUGAAUAUGGUUAAAGAUACCAAAGCUGCAAAAGAGGUACAAUCCCUCAAGGAUUUCUUCAACAUGCUUUCAAAUGAGCCGGAGCGUGCUUGCUACGGACCAAAACAUGUUGAAGUUGCUCAUGAGCGAAUGGCCAUCCAAACACUUCUCAUUACAGAUGAACUCUUCAGGAACUCGGAUAUAGCAACACGAAAAAAAUAUGCCAAUUUGGUCAAUGGAGUCAAGAAUUCAGGCGGCACUGCACACAUAUUUUCCUCUAUGCAUGUCUCCGGCGAACAAUUGACACAGCUGAGCGGUAUUGCUGCUAUACUUCGGUUUCCUUUACCCGACCUGGAUGACAUAGAGAUGUGAGUAUGUGACGGAAAUCGGACCGAAGGUGGCAUUGACUCUUGUAACAUCUGUCUAAUUGUCCCUCUUAUACUCUCACAUAAGUAAAUUAAUAAAUUUUAAAAAAUAAAAAAUAAAUGCACAUUUGUAUAAUAAAUCAUUGUCUAUGUGAGAAAUGAGAAGGUCCAUAUUUUUUAGCAUAUAAUAUCCAUACAAACCUGCAAAAUGCAUUAUUGUUUCACACUAGUCCUGAAUCAUUGACUGCCAUUCUUAAUUUUCAAUUAGUUUGAGUUAGUGUAAUUAUAAUAAAAAAAUUAGUAUGAU